AUAUAAUUGGAUCACAUGUGGAAGGAUAAUGCAAGUCGAACAGAUACCAGUGGAAGCAACUACGCUACGAUCGCGGUGCACAACUGAUGUUCAAGUGAUCGUAGUAGAUUGUACUGUUCAUGGUUAUACAUGUGUCUCGAAGUGAUUGUGACAAAACUGUGCUGACGUCUAGGAUCAAACAUUGAUUUCACCACUGAACGAAGAUGGUAGACGUAACAACAGCUCUACCAUCCACGGGUGGUGCGUCCCUAAUUGGGCGCACCAGAGGUGCACUCAGGUCUGUCAGAUCUGCGCUGGGAGGUAGCGGAGAGUACCUUCAGGGUCUAGGAAGCAGAAUAGGUUCCGCUCUAAGUAGCAGUUUAGAAGAAACUGAAUUGACCACGACCCCGUCGACACCGCCCUCUUCGCCACAAGCACCGAUUCAGACUCCUAAGCAGGAAGACCAUCUAGCUAGAAGAAAAUUAAGGCCCCCCAGAUUUGGGGCUGGAUUGUCGUAUGAGGACUACGAAGCGAUGGCUAGGCACAAAUUGGAGCGUCAAGGUAGCGCCAAUGUGUCUAGAUGUAUGAGGAAGUACCCUCCAGGCAUGACUUACGAGGAGAUAGCGUCCUCGAGGUCGGCAGCUAACAAAAAACAGGACAAUAAAAUUGAGGAAGAUAAUAGCCCGGACAGAGACAGCCAGGAGAGUAUAGAGCCCCUUCAGGAGAAAGAUAUCAAAGCCACGGGGCCUGAUCCAUUCGAUAAAUUGAAUUACAAAGCAGAUUACCAGUUUUCAUCCGCAAGGGCCCCGACCCGCUAUCAGACGGUCGUUUUUCGUUUAGAUAUGCCUUGUAGCAGUGACUCGACAAGCGAUCAAGAUGGCUACGGGCCUAGCACGAGCCUAGAUUCAAAUAUGGACGGUCGUAGAAUGUGGCACAGAUCAGGUUCAUCGGGAUCAGUUCAGUCUUGGGCUUCCAGUUUAUCGGCAGACAGCCAAUCCGAAGAAGCUGCAGCAGAUUUCAUGAAGUCUUUUGUACCUCUUUUAUUCGACUCUCCAAAUACCAUUGAUCAAGAACAAAAAGCCAAUUUCGGGCAAAUGGUUCUCACAGAGUCCGGUAGAAUAUGGUUCUCCCGGGUGGUUAAUGCGAGAAGAGCUCGUCCGUGUGUCACAGAGGCUUCGUUUUAUUCGUUGGCGCAACAUUUCGCAGUGGCGCUCUUCGAGUGCCAUGAGGCCGACGAUUUCGCACCCGCGAAGAGUCUUAUGAACAUGUGCUUCACAUUCUACCAUGAAGUUGAGGUACCAGGCUUAGAACCAUAUCGAGAAUAUUUGUACACACACCUACGAGUGCAACCGAUUUGGACGUCAAUGAGAUUUUGGACAGCGGCAUUUUUCGAUGCGGUGCAAUGCGAGAGAGCUUCGAAACCAGUUCCUCCAAGACCCAAGUCUCUGGAUCAAGAAGCCAUAGCUAACGAAGAUCGUAGAUUUCAAGCAAACAUCGUGUUUGGUCAAUUAGGGACAUUUACAUGUAACAUGCACGCAUUCGGUCUGUCACGAACUCUGUGUUUAGAGUUUCUUAGAAAGCAGUGCGUAAUUGCUAAUUUAACGAAAGAACAAGAGAAAAUGUUACGCGACAACAUAGAAAGAAUGUACAACGAGACUGAACCUUGGCGGUAGUUCUAUUUGAUUACGUUUCCACAACGAAUGAAAACAUGUCCAAACAAGUUUAUCCGCAACACGUCCAGCUUCUCGAUUGCAACUUGCGGACAACAUCGACGAAGAGUCAAUUAAAACGUAACUCCAAUGAAAAAAAAAUGGUCGAUUAUCAAGAGCAGAAGUCAAUUUCAUUGAGUAAUAAACAAUCCGAGCACGGAACGAAACAUUGUAAAUUAUCCUUGAGCUUAAAGCACAGACGGUUCCUAACAUUAUAUGGACAGAAUUAUAGAAAUUUAAUUGUAUUACAAGUAAAAUCUUUAUCCAAAUAUAAAAGAAUUUAAUUCUAUAAUUUUAGAUUUCUCUUAAUUAAUGCUUACUUAUUACAAUUAUGAUAACCUGUUUGUAAUACUUGCUUAAGACAAUUUGUUGACCGUUUAAUUAACUUCUAAGAAUUCGAGCCACCCAAUGUGAUAAAUGAAUAAAACUUUAAGAAAUCUUGAAUUGACGAUUCUAAAAUAAUGAGGACGUCAGUGUUCCAAAUUUCUAUAAAUUUUAAGAAUAAACGGACAAUAAAUUUCGCGGCAUGAGGUCGCAACAUUGCUAAUUGUUUUAUGAUAAUAAUCGAUAAUGAAAUAUAUUUCUGUAUCAGCGAAGAAUAAAACUUCCAACCACCAAACGCUGGAAAUUACUGUACCAUUGUCAGAAUUUAUGAUUUUCAAGAAAAUAUAAGUAAGUUAGAAACAAUUCUCACAAUUUAGAAUGAAUAUUCAUUAAUUUUUAUAAGAUCAAAUAGUGUCAAGUAUGGAUAAAGUUCAUUAUAUUUAUUAAAAUAAUGAUAAUUUAUUAAGUAAAGUAAUACUAGAGUUGUUCAUGUAUAAAAAUUUAAUGUGGAAUAACUUUUCGGAACCAGUGUAAAUUUGACAUUAGUAUUAAUAUAAAAACUAUAUUUUUUUAUUUAUAUGUUCUUCCUAUGGGGAUACUUUUAUCUCUGAAUGCAAAUUAAUGAUGGGCUAGAAAUGCUCUGUGAUCACUACCAAAAUAUACUUGUACGUACAUUUAUUAACAGCAUAUAUUAAACAAAUUUAUUUGCCAAUAUUCAUGUAAAUAUAUAAAACAUAAAUUUGUAUUUGAAGAUAUAUCAUUCAAUCAAAAGGACACUGCAUCUCAUUUUGUCUAUUGGCCUACACUUUCUUCAAAGAUUAUUAGUAAGUUAAGAAAAUCAUUAAUAAACUUCUUGAUCAUACAAAUUGUUAUUGUUAAUAAAAGAAAACAUUUUUUUUAUCUAAUCUAUAAGUACAUGUUAUCUUGGGAUAUUUUAAUGUUGGCAGUAUACUAUUCAUUUAUAGUUUAAUAAAGUGGUAAGAAGUAACAGAAGUGCAUACAAAGUACGCGCAUCUACCCCUUCUUAAACUUUAAUCAUCGUUUACAAACAUUUAAUGAUACACAAGAUUCAAAAUUUUUAUAGCUAUGUAUUCGGGCAAGUCUCCUCUAUUUCCUACGACAAAUUUUAACUGCCUAUCGUUUUUAGUUUUCACGUAACACUUGGUUCUCUGAAAAAUUCGACCGUUUUUACUAAAACCCAGUAUUUUCGAAAACUGGACGUGACCCAGCAAUUUAAUUUUCGGAUUCGUAUUUAGGGUAAGGAACUCUAUAAGAAUCACCUAGUGGUUAUUGCAAAAAGCAACAUAGGUUAAAAUUGUUCCACAAUGUUAUUGUAAAGAGAUAUCUCCAGUCUUUAAAUAUAUGGUAGAGAUACUCGUAAAAAAAAUGUUUUCAAUAUUUUCACAGACGUUCGAAUAUAGAGAAUUCUUGGAACAAAAAAGUAUGUUCCCGUUAUCACUGGUUAUAUAAUGUAUACAAACAUUUUACAUUAAAACAUAUUGAAUUGGAAAAGUAGAAACUUCAUAUUAUAAAAUGAGAUUUCAGAAUGUUACAACAAAAUGUUGUGAUCGCUUAAUUUUUCAUACUGGUGUAUAUUUAUUAUUUAAAUCUAUAUUACGACCUGUGUUACGUUCUUACUAUAUACAUGGAAAACCACAAAUAUUUUUGUCCUGCUAAGAGCAGUACUCGAACGUACGAUUCUUUUACGUAUGGAAUGUCGCAUCGUGGUGUUACAAUAUAAAAAGAUAUUGU